AUGGACGUACAGUGCCCAGGGUGCUAUAAAAUCACCAUUGUCUUCAGCCACGUACAAACAGUGGUCCUCGACGUCGGAUGGUCCACUGUACUCUGUCAGCCUACUAAAGGCAAGGCCAGACUUACAGAAGGAUGCUCCUUCAGACGGAAGCAGCACUAA